AAUCGCAGAGAGCAAACAGCGAGCCAGCUGGCACGAACCGAACAGUGCCACUGCAUUUUUAUUGCUACUAACCCCCCAAAACCAGAUUACUACUAAAAAAAUGUCUUUUUUAAUUUCGUUUAUCUCUGAUCCUGCAUUAAUUUGUCUGCUGUGCGCAGCAGUAUUAUUAGCUGUACUCUAUUUUUCAACGGGCUAUAAAAAAUCAGCUUUUAAAUUUCCUCCUGGUCCAACUCCUCUUCCGAUCAUUGGUAACCUGCACUUGGUGGAUCUUAGAAGGCAAGAUAAAUCACUAAUGAAGCUUGCGGAAAAAUACGGCCCCAUCUUCACCCUCCACUUUGGGUUCCAGAAAGUCGUGGUCCUGACCGGGUACGAAGUUGUGCGGGAGGCGCUCGUGAACUACUCAGAGGAGUUUGUAGACAGACCAUCCAUCCCAAUAUUUGACCAAAUUCAGAACGGAAACGGUUUAUUCUUCUCCAUCGGGGAGCUGUGGAGAACAACUCGGAGGUUCACCGUCUCCAGCAUGCGCAACCUCGGCAUGGGGAAAAAAAUGAUAGAAGGGAAAAUUUUCGAGGAGCUCCACUUCCUCAUCGAGAUGAUCAAAUCCUUCAAAGGGGAACCUUUUAGCCUGACGUCCUUCAACUGUGCUCCCAUCAACAUCACCUUCAUCAUGCUGUUCGGGGACAGGUUUGACUACAAGGACCCAACAUUUCUCACUCUCUUAAGACUCAUAGAUGAAGUUAUGAUCCUUCUGGGAUCUCCGUAUUUGAACUAUUUCAAUUUCUACCCGUUCCUUGGAUUUCUUUUCAAAACCCACAAGAUCAUGCUUGGGAAAAUAGAAGAUGUGCGCGUCAUUUUAAGGCAAUACAUCAAGGCAAGCAGGGAGGACAUCAACGAGAACAGCGUGAGGAGCUACAUUGAUGCACUGAUUUUCAAGCAACAAGAGGAGAAAAACAAGAAGGACAGCCUCUUCCAUGAUGACAACUUAAUAGCAUCCAUACUGGACCUGGUCAUGGCAGGAACAGAGACCAUAGCCACGACGAUCCAGUGGGCCAUCCUGCUGAUGAUGAAAUACCCGGAGAUUCAAAAAAAGGUGCAGGAGGAGAUUGGGAGAACUGUCAAAGCUGGAAGCUGGGCCACAUAUGAGGAUCGGAAGAACAUGCCAUUUACAAACGCGGUGCUACACGAAGUGCAGAGGUUUAUCACCCUCCUGCCCCACGUUCCCCGCUGCACUGCUGUUGACACCCACUUCAGGGGCUACUUCCUUCCCAAGGGUAUAAUUGUAAUCCCGUCGCUCACCUCAGUGCUGCUGGAUAAGACGCAAUGGGAGACACCACAUCAGUUCAACCCCAACCACUUCCUUGACACUGAAGGGAAUUUUGUAAAGAGAGAAGCUUUCCUGCCCUUCUCCACAGGGCGACGGAACUGCAUUGGAGAAAGCCUCGCCAAGAUGGAGCUGUUUGUCUUCUUCGUAGGGUUGCUGCAGACAUUUACUUUUCAACCCCGGCCAGGAGUUUCGGAGGCCGACCUGGACCUUACCGUCCCCCAAACGACUUUCACAUUAAGGCCUCAGCCUCAGGCAACCUGUGCUGUCCUACGCGAAUAGCCACGGCCUGGCUGGAGAGCAACCCAACAAGCACAGAAGCUGCUUAGACCCAACUUAGCCACGCUAGGACUCACCAACCCUCCUUCACAUCCCCUUCCCACUGUCUCCACCCACUCCCACUCCAUUGCUCCCCACCACCACAUCUGCCCCAUAGGCUGACGCCCCCCUCUUUGCUUCUGUGCUGCCAUCAAUUAGAAACCACGACCAUGGUUGACAAACACAGGCUUCCUCUCAAGACAGACUGUCUAUGGAGCAAAUGGAAGGACCAUGGAGAUGGUCUGGUGAAGGGGGUGCAGCCCACCAGUAGUAGGAGUGUCAACCCAGGCUCCCACGGGAAAGCAUUGAGGCUCAUAACGUCGCAGAAAUCUGCCCAAAAUCCUGAGAAAAGACACUCCACCAUUUGCUAAAAGCCACAGAAAUGCACUCUAGGUCACACACCUGAACCCUCUGCAGGUACCUCCUGAACUUUUCCAAGCUCCCUAGUUGUCCACAGCUUCUAGCGAAAUCCUCCCAGGCUGGGUAGCCAAGUCAAACACCCAGAGUGAAAAACAGAUCGAUUCAUGUGAUUUGAGAAUAAAGGUAUUUGUGCCCUGGAACAGUGUCCUGAGAGAUGCCCCAGAGUCUGCAAAGUCAUUUAGAUAAGCAAGUGCUCACCACCAAGUUGAACACGGCUUCACGGUCUGAACAAAAGAAGAUCUACAUUUCUAAGUUUGCAGUCUGAAUCAUGAGGCCAUGUGAGAUUUGUACCAGCAACCGAUCACAGAAGGCUAAUGACACAGUCCCAUUUCUAGUUUUAUGGAUCUCUGUCUUUCCUGUUAAAUAGGAAUAAACACUGUUCCUCUCUCAGACCUCCUGGGCCACGCUAGGAGCCACCACCAGCAGCCAGUCUGGUCUUUGGGAUGGCCUGGCCAUUGGAACCAGCCAUGCAAUUUCCUUGCAAAGGUGUCUCAUUUCUCAGUGCUGGUAUUUCACGCUCACACACGUGGAGAAUUGGGAUCAGGGAUUAGACAAGACCUGGUUUGGGUUGUUUUCCUUUCCUCCGUAGCUCUGUCUGGCUGUUUUCCUGCCUGUAGCACUCUUAUCUGCCAUCAUAUUCCACAAUUUUACUCCAGUUGAAGUAUAGCUCAGGCAAUUUUUCAUCCACUAAUCUGCCUGUGAAUUGCCACUUCUCCAUGUGCAUUUUCUUAUCAUGUGCUUUAUGAUACUGUUUGUUUCCCCCAUCGUGGGAACCAAAUAAAGUUUUAAUCCCAAUGUCUUCA